CACAUUGUCUGCAUCAGGAUAAGAAAAGCCGGUACGGUUGGUGACCAUGCUGCUGAUGCACAGUCAUCUCAAGCAGCAAAAACUGCCAGCAUCAUCUGCACUAUGUCACCACCCAAUUUGCAAGCAAUUGUGUGGCACAUCCUCCUUUUAGGUGGUCUUGAUCCAUUCCUGCUUUAUUUCUAACCUUGUCAUUUCUUUGCCAAUUUAUAUGUGCCCUUGAUUCCUCGUUUGCUCAUCUGCUCUUUUUUCGAUAUGUAUCUAUCUUGUUGUAUCUUCUUUUCUCAUGACGAGCGAUUCGGUUUUUUGCGGCUUUCGAUCUAUGCUACCCUAGAUACCUGCCAAGAAAGGGCACAUACAGGUUGAUUGAUUAGCCAAUACUGAAUUCAUUACAAGAGCUUUUAGCCUCUCAUUGCCUAUGAAAAUGCUCACCUACUUUUGUAGAUAUAAAAAUAAACCCAUCAUAUGAGCUAAUGAAGCACUUCAAGAAAAAGUCAAUUUUUAUAGCAGAUUAGAGAUUGGGCUACAGCUAGCCUAAACACAUGAUUGUGGAGGAUGUUUCAGAGUCCUCUAUGACUCCAUGCUCCAUGACAAAUGAGCUAUAAAAUAGCUCAAUUCUGAAGCUCCAUAUGACCCCCUCAUGGAUGCAGAAGAAUAGUAGAAAAGUACUUCAAGAUGGAGAGAGUUCCUGCAGUUCAUCUGGCAGUGGUGCUCCUGGCCUUCUGCUGCCUCAUCCAUGCAUCAUCAAGUGCUGAAACUCCACUCCCACCUGCCCUCAAGGUGAUGCAGCGUUUUGAAGCAACUCCAGUCUCUAGCAGAGGAGAUGAUCAGGCUGCCGCCGUCAUCGCCGGAGAACCGGAGGCCGGCGAGGUCAACGGCAGGAUGGAACUGGAGCUCACCGAUUACCCGGGCUCCGGCGCCAACGAUCGGCACUCGCCAUGGGGGCAGGAGAGGAGAAACUGAGCAGCAGCAGCAAAAAAUCUUCAGAGAAAACUUCAUCCAUGGUCACUUUCUUCAGAGAGAAAAUUCAGACUUUGUACCUGUACCAUAUCAUGUAUACUUAAUUAUCUCUACUAUUUUCUACACAACUGUUACAGUGUUUCUACACCCUGUGUAACAUGAAAGAGAGGAUUUGGGAGUUAAUUAACGACUGAUAAUCAGUCGCCGGCACCAUAAUAUUAUAACAAUUAAUUAUAACAUUUCUAGUAAGUUUUUUAGUCAAAGUUGUUAUUUGUUUAAUUAA